UUUUCCCUCCCCGGGGCGGUGUCCGGGGCGUCCUUUCGGUCGCUUAAAACUUUUGUCUUGUUUAUUUUGUUUUGGCGCGGCGAAGAGAAAAGGGAAAGCAUGAAUCGCUUGCUUAGCCGAGACCCCGUGGAUAUCGAGAAUAUUUUAGCUCUCAACCCUCGUAUACAAACUCAUGCAUCUUUGAAUUCAACUGCAGCAAAGAAAGUGGAGAAAAAGCACUGGAAAAGAAAUGCAGAUAAAAACUGUUCAAAGUGUGAGAAACUGGAAAAUAAUUUUGAUGACAUCAAGCACACGACUGUGGGUGAGCGUGGAGCCCUUCGAGAAGCAAUGAGGUGCUUAAAGUGUGCAGAUGCUCCCUGUCAGAAGAGCUGCCCAACUAAUCUAGACAUCAAGUCAUUUAUCACAAGUAUUGCAAACAAGAAUUACUAUGGAGCUGCCAAAAUGAUCUUUUCUGACAAUCCACUUGGACUAUCAUGUGGGAUGGUAUGUCCAACUUCUGAUCUCUGUGUGGGAGGAUGCAAUUUAUAUGCCACUGAGGAUGGACCAAUUAAUAUUGGUGGACUGCAGCAAUUUGCUACAGAAGUAUUCAAAGCAAUCAAUAUUCCUCAAAUUCGAGAUCCCUCCUUGCCACCAAUGCAAGAUUUGCCUGCAUCCUAUCGUACCAAGAUUGCUCUACUUGGAGCAGGACCUGCUAGUAUAAGUUGUGCCACAUUUUUAGCUCGGUUGGGCUAUUCAGACAUCACCAUUUUUGAAAAGGAAAACUACGUUGGUGGUUUAAGCACAUCUGAAAUUCCCCAGUUCCGGCUACCAUAUGAUGUAGUACAUUUUGAAACUAGGCUUAUGAAGGACCUCGGAGUGAAGAUUAUCUGUGGAACAAGUCUUUCGGUGGAAGGACUGACACUCAGUGCUUUAAAGAAUGAUGGUUACAAAGCAAUCUUUAUUGGAAUUGGUCUACCAGAACCAAAGAUAGAACCUGUAUUUCAGGGAUUGGGAAUGGAAGAAGGAUUUUAUACAUCAAAAGAAUUCCUACCACUGGUGUCUAUGGCAAGUAAACCAGGAAUAUGCGGCUGUCGCUCUUCAUUGCCAUCAAUACAGGGAACCGUGAUUGUUCUUGGAGCAGGCGAUACCGCCUUUGAUUGUGCAACCUCAGCUUUGCGCUGCGGAGCGCGACGUGUUUUUGUGGUCUUCAGGAAAGGAUUUACUAAUAUACGGGCUGUCCCGGAAGAGAUGGAGCUUGCAAAGGAAGAAAAGUGUGAAUUCCUACCUUUUCUUUCCCCUCAGAAGGUUGUCAUAAAAGGAGGAAAAAUUGUUGCUAUGGAAUUUCUCCGGACUGAGCAAGAUGAGGAUGGAAAUUGGAAAGAAGACAAGGAGCAAACUGUCCGUCUGAGAGCAGAUAUAGUGAUUAGUGCCUUCGGUUCAACCUUAAAUGAUCCUAAAGGUAUUUCUCAGUCACAAUGUUUAUCUUUACAUGGUGCCUUGGUACCUGCUGUACCCCAGUUGCCUCUUUUCUAUACACCAAUCGAUUUGGUAGACAUCAGCAUAGAAAUGGCUGGGCUUCGAUUUUCAAAUCCUUUCGGCCUCGCCAGUGCAACUCCAACUACAAGCUCAACAAUGAUCCGCAGAGCUUUUGAAGCAGGAUGGGCAUUUGCACUCACCAAAACCUUUUCUCUGGACAAGGACAUUGUAACAAAUGUUUCUCCAAGGAUAAUACGUGGAGCUACCACAGGUCCCAUGUAUGGUCCCGGUCAAGGUUCCUUCUUGAACAUUGAGCUCAUAAGUGAGAAAACAGCAGCUUAUUGGUGCAGGAGUAUUUCUGAAUUGAAGUCAGACUUCCCUAACAAAAUUGUCAUUGCCAGCAUCAUGUGCAGUUAUAAUAAGAAUGAUUGGACUGAGCUUUCAAAAAUGGCUGAGGUUUCUGGAGCUGAUGCCCUGGAGUUGAAUUUAUCAUGCCCGCAUGGCAUGGGAGAAAGAGGCAUGGGACUGGCUUGUGGGCAGGAUCCAGAGCUGGUACGCAACAUCUGUCGUUGGGUGAGGCAAGCUGUUCAGAUUCCUUUCUUUGCCAAGCACCCAAAUGUCACAAACAUUGUGAACAUUGCGAGGGCUGCCCAAGAAGGCAAUGCAGAUGGUGUCACAGCCACCAAUACUGUGUCAGGGUUGAUGGGACUGAAGGCAGGUGGCAUACCUUGGCCUUCUGUAGGGCACAGCAAAAAGACUACCUACGGCGGAGUAUCGGGAAAUGCCAUCAGACCAAUAGCUCUUCGAGCUGUUUCUGCAAUUGCGAAAGCUCUUCCUGGCUUUCCUAUCUUAGCAACAGGAGGCAUUGACUCAGCUGAAAGCGGUCUGCAAUUUCUUCAUAGCGGUGCUUCUGUUUUACAGGUAUGCAGUGCAAUUCAGAAUCAAGACUAUACCGUAAUUGAUGAUUACUGCACAGGGCUAAAGGCUCUGCUAUAUCUGGAAAGCCUUGAGGAACUUCAAGACUGGGAAGGACAGAGCCCACCAAGCAUACAGCAUCAAAAAGGAAAACCUGUACCCAAAAUUUCCGAGUUGAUUGGAAAGAAACUUCCCAGCUUUGGACCGUAUCUUGAGCAACGAAAGAAGAUAAUAGCUGAAAAUAAGCUGAAACUAAAGGCACAGAACAGCAGCCUUCAUUCCCAGCUUGAGAGAAAGUGUUUUGCCCCAAAGAAGCCCAUCCCAGCCGUGAAGGAUGUAAUUGGAAAAGCACUGCAGUAUAUUGGAACAUAUGGAGAGCUCAGUAAUACCGAACAAGUUGUGGCUCUGAUUGAUGAGGAAAUGUGUAUCAACUGUGGCAAAUGCUACAUGACCUGUAAUGAUUCUGGCUACCAGGCUAUACAAUUUGAUCCAGAAACCCACCUGCCCACUGUUACUGACAGUUGUACAGGCUGCACUCUGUGCCUCAGUAUCUGCCCUAUUAUUGACUGCAUCCGAAUGGUUUCCAGGACAACACCUUAUGAAGCAAAGAGAGGCCUGCCCUUAGCUGUGAUCCCCGUGUGCUGAGAAGAUCAGACCAACAGUUAAAGGGAAACUUCUAUUUGCUUGAUUCUAUUGAUUUGCUUUCUAAUUAGUACCAGCGAGUCCAGUACAUUCUAGCAAAAAAAAGGAGAGGGGGAAAGAAAGAGGGGGAAAGAGGGAGGAGGAAGGAGGGAGAAAAAGGAGAAGGGAAGGAGGAAAGGAAAAGGGGAAGGGGAGGAGAAAAGGCAGAGGAGAGGAAAGGAACCUAAUACCCUAAUUAGAGGCCAAAUAAAACCGGCUGAAUUUUUCAGUUUAUUUCCCAUCUCUUUCCCUUUCUGAUAACAAGUUAGUUUGCUGGAUGUGAUUUAGCUUUGCCUUUUAUAAGAUGCAAUAACUUUUCUUCUUUCUCUCUCUCUCUUUCACAAAAUCUGCACACGUUCUGACGAUCUGAGUUUUAAUUUUUCUUUUCCCUGUAACAAUGGAAUGAAAUUCAAGGAACUUUUCGUAAUCAUGUAAACCCUAACACAUGGACAAACUUUGUUACCAUGGAAACAUUGGGUAAUUACACAUUUCAUUUCCUUUUAAAACUGGUUUUGGAAGAUGUAAUUAACUAUAUAACACACAAACAAAGGAUUGUAUAUCAUGGAGGGGGGGAUGCUUUUACAGAAAGAUAUAAAAAGAGGGUUAAACUGCUACUCCUGAACAAUUAAUCAGUUUUGAUAGUGGCAGCAUCUGCUGGUCUAUUACUCUAGUUCUCACUGAAUUCUACUUCUCCCUAAAUGCUACCUCUGACUAGGCAUUAAAAAUCAAAUGUGCAAAUACAGUGCACUUUUUGUCAUUUGAUGUUUUCAGUUGAUAGCACAAUUUUUGUUGUUGUUGUUCUGUUAAUGAACUUCCAGUCCCUAUCUAUUAAUUCUAAUCUUUCACAUGUAAAUAUAGGACAUUUUUUUGCGGCAUCACUGUGAUGUUGGCAAAAUGAAAUUAUUCUUGAGGCACUAGGAGAAGACCGAAGGCAAUUACUUCAACAUUUUCUUUGUUUGCUACCAUUCAUACGCACAGUGCAGGAUAAAAUAAUGCGGUUCUUUCAGCGUACAUGGAUGGGUGAGGCUCAGAAGAUACAGGCGUUUCAGUCGCCACAGAUAGUAUCUGACAAUAAAUGGCAUCUACUGAAUAUUUUCCAAAUAACAAGUCCAUUUCACUCCUGGGCUUCACUGUGCCUAAAUGAAAGUUCCACAAAUGGUUGGAGAAAGAAUGAGUUGAGGUCCCAAUAAAUAUAGGUAAUUAGCAGAUAACCUGGUGUUGCCCGGGUAUUUAUUUAUCCUAAUCCUGUAUUAGGCAGGAAAAGCCCUAAUUUCAGCAACAAUUAAAUUAAUUACAAAUGUUUUCCCUGUGCCCCCG